AUGGUCCGAGGUUUACGGGGGUGUGGGCUUUCGAGUUCGUCGCAUGCGUCCGAGGUCUAUGCCAUGAGCCCAAUCCAGGAGGCGAUGAACGGCAUAUCCAUGGUGGUUCCGACGGUGGUGCUGGGGCUGGAUGCCUGGACGACGGGGGAUUGGCAUGUGACGGUGCUGCUGCUGGGGAGCUGCAUGCACCUUCCGGUUUCGUUCACGUACCACCUGAGUGUGGCGUGCGGGCGGUACAGGGACAGGCUGGACAAUGACAUGAGGCGGCUGGACCAGAGCAUGCAGCACGUGGUGGGGACCCUGUACUGCUUUGCGCUGUCGGGGUCGUUGUGGUACAUGAUAGCGAACGCGGUGUUCAACGGGGUGAGUGUCGUGAAGCUGUGGGAUGCGAGGACGUCGAACGACGGGAGGCGAUGGGUGCGGGUGAUGGUCAGCAUGCUGCUCUACACGGGGCCGGUGAUAUGGAGGGGGGACUACUGGAACUACGGUGUGGUUGUUGCGAGCAUGGCCCUGUGUGGAGUCUGCUUUGUGCCUAGGGUUAACUGUGGGGUUUUCUCGGGCUGGGGGCACACGAUGUUUCACGUGAUUCUUGGUUUCUACGCGAGUGCGCUGGCUAGGUCGGCUUUGAAGGUUGGGGGCAUUGGCUCUACGUGA